AUGCUUUUUGAUGCAGCAUGGAAUAAUGGUGUGGAACCAGAGACGCUUUUUGAUAACUUCUUGAAGUCUAAAGUUUCACAAAGAACCAUCAAAAAACCAUUACAAGUUUCAGAUCACAUAAACCGGCCAAUUUUUUCCCAAAAAGUACACAAUACGGCUCUGCGAGUGGUCGAUUCGUACUUUUCAAGCCGAGAAAAGACCCCUAUUUCCCAAAAAAGGACAGUUUCCAAGGCAUUGGCAUGUUUACGUUCUUCAAUAAACCGAAAAGAUCACCAAUUGUAUCUAUUGAAGAACAGCCAACGGUUUAUAAUCGACCUUAUUGACAUUUCCGAGAUCUAUUUCGCAUUCAACGAGCUCAAGGAGCUUAAAAAAGCAUUCUGUAAUACCCUUGGAGUGGGUUUGAAUGAGGACGGUUCGAUUCCGUUCGUCGAAAUCUCCACAGACUUGGAACCAUCAUUGUUGAACCUUGUGGUUUCAUAUCAUUUUCUUUACUUGCAAUGUCUCCUCUUGGGGUGCAGUAAGUACUCAAAGUCCAUAUUUCUGGAAACAUGCUCGUUUAUCACCAUCGCUCAUGUUUUCAGUGUGCCAUCGUUCUUCCUCAAAAACUCGUCAUUUGGAAGAUGGCUUGCAUCUUUACACAGCGUGAAGCCACAAAGUGAGCAGAAAACCUUGCAAAACAUGUCCAAGCUCAUUGCUGGAUUCUGUAGGCUACCAGUGAACUGCAAAACGAGCAUGCAUGGCAACCAACUUCAACAUACAUUAAGUUGUCUUCAACUUAAAAGCAUAGAGUUGAAGGUGAAGUUGAACAGCCCUGAAAAUGACAAAAUUCCUUCCUUGGACUCGUCCUUGGAACCUUAUAUCCUGGAAUUGCGAAAUGUGCUCGUAGAGCAUAAUAGAACCGACCUUUUGACUCAGAUUGACAAUGCUAUACAAGUUUUGGGUCAAAAGGAGAAAUCUUGUGCUCCAAGUCUCGAAGCUCUUUCUUUGAUGUAUGGUGAAGAUAUUGAAUCUACAAAUUUAUCAGCGCCAAUAUCUCUCGAGAGACUCCAAAGGCUAAUCAAAGACAGCGAUCAUUCUCUUAUCGAGCUGUAUGUUUUGGAGAUAAUACCUCACGUUACCGAGAAAGAUCUUCCCGUAAUGGACAGAGUUACGGUUUACUUGAAAGAUAACAUAGCAAACUCUUCAUGCAACAUUCAGUUCUUUGAAACAUGCAUCUCAAGAAUGUUUUCAGUCUUCAAAAAGCAGAGACAGUGGAAAAGAAUUCGAAACAUCUCGAAUUUACUCGUCAACCUUGGUAACAGAAAGGAAGCACUCUCUCUAAGCUACUGGAAAGAGUCUAUUGCUCUCGAAGUUUUGAUCUUGGAAGAACAAACAGACAUUAAUAGAUACGAGGAACAGGUUUCUCUUCGAUUAAAAUGUGAAAGAAUUAUAGAUAACUUGGUCAAGAGAGGUCAAUAUCAGCUCACUGUGCACUUCUUUGGUCAAUUGUUUAACAAUUUACAUUUUAAGGGACUCGAAAACUUGCUCGAAGUAUUUUCCAUGCCUGAAGUGAUGAGCUGUUUGGGCACAGUGCUUUCCAAAGACCUCUCAACAUGCUAUGAACUUUUUCGUGGCUUGAGUGAACAGCGAGCUGCGCUGGUAAUUGUAAAUUUGUUGCGCUAUUCGGGCACAAGGUGGAAUACCUCGACGCUAUCUUCCAUAAUGCAACAUUCAGCGGUUGAAUCGACCUUUUUCAAGUUCCUUUGUGAAUAUGAGAUUCUGAAAUGCUUUCCAAAAGUCGCCAUUGUUCAGCCUCAUGGUUCGGUUGCAACCAAUUUGGAAGCGUUACUCUUGUGUGGUAUUGAUGUACACCACGAUCCUUUCAGAGCUGUAAGUCAAUUCGAAAGCUACUUGAGCUCUUCAAAACCUCCUUUCGAAAUUUGGCUCGAGCAAGAUAUUGUAUGGAAUUUGGUUGUAAAUUUACAACUCUCGAACUUACACAAGCAAGCUGUUGACGUCAUAACACUUUAUCUUUCCGCUAGAGCCUUCAUGAAAGACUCACAGGACAUUAACAAUAUGAAAUGGCUGCUCAGCUUGAACUUGAAACUUUGCUCUUCACAUCUUGCCUGCAACAAUCUCGCUUUGCUGCAUCAAAGCUUAUUCACAUGUGCAUCUUUGCUCAAACAAAUCGCAGCUGUUGACUCUUCGCAAGUCAGAUCUUAUGAUGUGCUAAUUUGGAAGCUUUUACAACUUGAAUUGGAACAUAAAACCGAUCUUGCUUCGGCCACGAAAAGGCAUGCGGCGGUCAAAUCAUUCAUACAAUCCAAAAAGGAGUUUACACUCGACGAUCCUCAUUCUUCGUUUCCAAAUAAAUUGCUGAACUUGUUUGCUCUUGCUAAAGCACACUUGAUAUCUGGUGAUUUGGAAUUGUCUCUUGGAAGACAUGGGGCAGCUUACGAUGCUUUUCGACUCGCAGUGAAGUUGUUACUUUCCAUCUCCAAGAGGUUGGACUCGCUUCAAAGCACGUCAUAUUCCAGCUUCUCUACUGAAGUCAGCGAACUACUUUGUCUGGCUCUAAUUCGAGGUAUCAAAGUACAGCGUACAUUGGGGUUGUCAAGAGAAAGCGAGGCUUUUGUGGAAGAGCUUCAAUCAGUUACAAGUAUGAUACAUUCACGAGGAAGAAUAAUUCUUAACUUAAAAGAGAUCGUGAUCUUUAAAGCACUUCAGUGUGACCUGAAGGGAUUCAAAGACGCUUUGCAUUUCUUUUUGGAGCUGUUUGACGAUACAAACUACAAGUCUUUCUUUAAUGACAUUUAUUACGGAUGCUUACAUUUGGCAAUGUCCACCAAGCAAUUUGAGUUUGAUUCAUCUGAAGUUUCUCACCACAAACCGACCUUGGAGGUUGCAUUUCUCUCCAAUCUACUUGCGGACGUUGAAAGCAGCUGGAAAUCCAACUCACAAGAUCGUGAAAGCCUUUCGCUCUUGUUAAAGUCGAGACUUCGAUUGUCUUCUGCCAUUCGUUCACUUCAGAUGAUUCCGUUGUAUUCCAUGUUCCACAAUACCGUGAGCAGUUUACCGUCGUUUAACAAGCUUGAGUUAGUCUUCAAGAACCAACUUAGCGGAAUUCGUGGUCAUGAAACAACUCGCGCCGAACUAGUUGACCAGUUAGUCCUUUUAAGUGAUGAACUUUUCAAUCAAUCAGCUGUAAUGGAGUCGCUUGCACCCUAUGAGCUCCACUACUUACAUUCUUUGUUGAGUGGUGCACUUCUUGCUUUGAACUCAGUUUCUCAAGUCCACGACAGCUCCAAGACCAAGUUGUCCCAAAUUCUUCAACAACUUUUCUACUUACAGGAUGUUCUGAGAGCAAAGACAAUUAUCGGCGAGAGGCUGUCUCAUUUAUUCAAGGCACAGAAAGGUGAUAGCAUCAUACCAUCGUCAAUUGAGCUCCAGCAAUUUUCUCAAGAACUUUUGCUGCAAAAAAGUGACUCUUUCUUCAAUAGAGUCAAGACGAAUUUACCUUCAGAUUGGACCAUUGUCACGAUUGAUAGGUGUCCCAAUUCCGAUUCCUUAUUACUCACCAGAUUGACCCACUUGGGUUCGCCGUUCGUUGUCAGAUUGCCGUUGCUGAGAAUGAAACAACGUGGAAAGAACACAGUUAGCAUCGACCAGGUGUUUUCAAAGUUGCAAGCUAUUGUGGAGGCGAGCAAUAAGUCCACUCAAGUGACUACAACGUCGCAGAUUAAGACAAAGGAUGACCGUAAGAAAUGGUGGAGCACCCGCUUUGGCUUAGAUUUACAGUUUGAAAGUUUACUUGACUUGGUUCGCAAGACAUGGAUUGGAGGCUUUUCUGGGCUAUUUGGUGCUGCCAUAGAUGUCAAAACGAUCGAGCUCUUUCGGGAGGAUUUCGUCAAGGCAUGGCAAGAGAUUUUGCCAAAAAGAUUGGCACGGGUGUCCAAUACUUUUUCCUUUUUAGAUGAUCAAGUGUUGAGGCUCUUCUUGACGAUUUCUGACAUUCAUUCGCCUUUCUCUGACUAUGAAAUGCUGGAUGAUGCGAAGGAAAGCUUGAGCGACUUGAUAUAUUUCACAUUGGAUUCUUUGAGUCUCGCGGGAGAAACCAUAUCUUAUACUGAAAUUAAUAUGGAAAAGAGCGUCCAAAUUCUUGCAAGUGUGAUUUCAAAAUUUAAAUCCAUGCAUAGUUGGAAUCAUGGACACACUGUUAUCGUUCCCGCAAAAGAAUUUGAGAUGUUUCCGUGGGAAUCGUUGCUGCCUUUGAAAGGUGUUUCAGUUUCCCGAGUUCUUUCAGUAGAAAUGCUUCUUGAGCUUUUGGAGAAACGCAAUGAGACCAGCACUCGGGUCAAGAAGGAUUUGGAACUAGCAUACCUCCUCAAUCCAGGUGGAGAUCUUGGACGAACUGAAGCAAACUUCUCUACGUUUUUUCAACGUUGUUCAUCGUGGAAUGGAAUCACAGGAAGAAACCCAGGUACUGGCUUUUUCGAAGACAACGUUAUUGGCAAAGAUCUAUAUGUAUAUCUUGGCCAUGGCGGUUGCGAGCAGUACAUUAGCAUGAACGAUCUCAUGAGAGCUUCUGCUUCGGGAUUUGAUAUUCCUCCAAGUUUGUUGAUAGGAUGCUCGUCUGCUUCCUUGACUAGGAUGGGAUUCUUAGAGUCCUACGGGAACAUAUACAGUUGGCUUGCAGCUGGGUCGCCGAUGGUUUUGGUGAACCUCUGGGAUGUCACUGAUAAAGACAUCGACAAAUUCAGCAUGUCUGUUUUCGAGUAUUGGGGACUUUCAGAUGGAGAAAACAACCUCAAUCUUUGUCAGGCUGUUUCCCGGAGUCGUGAAAAGUGCACUUUGCGUCAUCUCAACGGCUCGUCGCCGGUAGUCUACGGACUACCACUCAGAGUGGAUCAGCUUUGA